AUGCGUGCAUUCGUGGUGUUAUCAUUUGUUGUGUGUUUGGUUGUUGCAAAGCCACAGUACAGUGGAUAUAAUUAUGAACCACCGACGGCUUAUCAAACAAGUGGAUUACAACAACAAUAUUCGCUAACAGCUGCCACAGCAGUAGCUGUGCCACAGACUCAGUACACUCAACCACAAUCGUACGCAGCAUAUCCUUCCCAAGGUCAAUAUUACCAAUCAUAUCCGACUGUAGCUGCACCACUUCAACAGCAAACCGCAUUUGCAAGCGCUGGCCAAUCAGCCAUUCAAUUCGAUCAAACGUCGUAUACAAGUGCAAACGCAGCUCCUCUUCAACAAACUGCAUAUGCAAGCGCAGACCAAACUCAAUUCCAACAAGCUUCAUACGCAACGGCCAAUCCAGCACCACUUGAGCAAACGUCGUAUGCGGGUGCAAGCCAAGCUCAAUUCGAUCAAACUCAAUUCCAACAAGCGUCCUAUCCAAGCGGAAGUCCAGCACCAUUUGAGCAAUCGUCAUUUGCCAAUGCAGGUCAAGCUCAAUUGCAACAAGCUACAUAUGCCACGGUGGGCCCAGCACCACUUGAGCAAUCAUCGUAUGCGGGUGCAAGCCAAGCUCAAUUCGAUCAAACUCAAUUCCAACAAGCGUCCUAUCCAAGCGCUAGUCCAGCACCACUUCAGCAAUCGUCAUUUGCCAAUGCAGGUCAAGCUCAAUUGCAACAAGCCUCAUACGCAAUAGCCAGUCCAUCACCACUGGAACAAUCGUCGUAUGCAAGUGCAGGUCAAACUCAACUCGAUCAAACGCAAUUCCAACAGACUGCAUACUCAACCGCAAGUGCACCUCUAGAGCAAACGGCCGGAAAUCAAUUGGCCUUGCCAUUGCCAACAGCCGCUUCGUAUGAAACACAAGGAGGAUUCCAACCAAGUCAAGGUUUCCUUCCUCAACAAGAGCCAACACCUGCAACGACCUUCAACGGAUUAAGUGGAUUUACUGCACAACCACAAGUAUAUCAAUCACAACCACAAGCCUAUUCAAAUGGAGCCGCCUAUGAUCAAUCACAAUUUUUCAACGUUGGCGCUUCCUACGCCAGCAAUGCCAAUUUCGCACAAUUGCAACAAUAUUCAGCACAAUUGCCUCAGGCCGUCGGUCAACAACACACUACAAGCGGUACAUUGGAUUCAUUCAACAUUCAAUCGACAAUGGGACCAAAUCCUGCUGAUAUUGCACCGGCCGCUCCAUCACCGUCAGCCGCACCACAACAACAACAACAACAACAAGACGACGCUCAAUAUGCAGCAGAACCACAACAGCCACAGCAGCUACAACGAGAACAACCACAACAACAAUUACAACCACAGCCACAACAAGAACAAUUUCCACCUCAGCAGCAACAAGAACAAUUUCCACUCCAACAGCAAGAUGAACCAGCCCAACAGCCACAACAGCUACCGGGUCCAAAUCAGUCACAAAACGUACUACCAAUUGAACAAAUUGCACCAGAACCAAUUCAAGCACGGCAAAGAAGCCAACCACAACAGCAACAACAACAAGGACCAUUUACAACCAUUCAAAAACACAUCUAUGUACACGUACCACCACCUGGUUUUGAAGAAGAUGACAAACAAUUGCCCGCAGUCGCUCCAGCAUUGGCUAAUAAAAAACGCUACAACAUUAUUUUCAUCAAGUCACCAAAUGUUCAACGCCCAACAUUGAUUCAACAACAACAAAGCGAAGACAAAACCAUUGUAUACGUUUUGGUGAAGAAACCAGAAGAUAUUACUCAAGUCAUACAACCGCAAACUAAACACGACAAACCGGAAGUAUUCUUCAUCAAAUACAAGGCUCAAACCGAACAAACACCAAUUGAAGCCGAACAAAACGGAGACGGAUCUCUUCAACAGCAAUCCGAACAAACUGACGAUCAACUUAACGAAGCAAUUGUCGUUGGAGAUCGAUCGAAACAGCCAUCGCAAGCUCCUCAAUUCCCAGCGUUGGAAGGAAAGGAAGCUCAAGCUUUAUUGCGCGAAGAAGAAGAACCACAACGUGAAGAGUAUCAACAACAACAACAACAACAACAACAGCAGCAACACGCAUUGCCAGUACCCGCACCAUUACCAAGCAGAGCACCUGCAAACGCAGGCAUUUCACCACUGCCAAUCGACUUUGCACGCAUUCCAGCCGCUUCAUCACCAGCACCACCACAAAAUUACCUGCCACCACAAUAA